UCUGCGGGCUGCGCAGCCGGCCGGCGCAUGCGUAUUAAUUCGGCUCCCCCGUCGGCGUGCCGCUCAGGUUUUCUCUUGGUGUGCGGCGGCCGCGGGGAGCGAAAAUGGUGAAGCUGACGGCGGAGCUCAUCGAGCAGGCGGCGCAGUACACAAACGCCGUGCGGGACCGGGAGCUGGACCUGCGCGGUGAGGGACUCGGCCUUGUGGUGUUGGUGGUGGUGGCGGCGGCGGCCUGGGAGCGGGAAGCGCGCGGCGCUUGCUUGGCCUUAGUAGGCCUGAAGCACGCGGGCAGUAGGCAAGGCGAGAAGGGGAGCUGAGUCGGGGGACGGUGGCUCAAGAGGGUCACGUUAGGUGGCCCACGUGGGUCGCGCUGCCUCUGUCCUGGAAAGGGGGUGGUUGGCGUACCUGUUGCAGCUGGUGGUAAUAGGAGCCCAAUGCCGCAGAGGUCACCUGGGCCUUAAGGAGCAAAGUUGGCUCGGUGGGCACCCUCAAAAUAAUGGACAGAUGCUGAUGUAAGAAGAACCCUGUUGCAUAUACAGUGGUACCUCGGGUUAAGUACUUAAUUCGUUCCAGAGGUCCGUUCUUAACCUGAAACUAUUCUUAACCUGAAGCACCACUUUAGCUAAUGGGGCCUCCUGCCGCCGCCACGCUGCCGGAGCACGAUUUCUGUUCUCACCCUGAAGCAAAGUUCUUAACCUGAAGCACUAUUUCUGGCUUAGCGGCGUCUGUAACCUGAAGCAUAUGUAACCCGAGGUACCUCUGUACUGUAGAUAGGUAAAGGGACCCCGACCAUUAGGUCCAGUUGUGGCCAACUCUGGGGUUGCGGCGCUCAUCUCGCUUUACUGGCCGAGGGAGCCAGCGUACAGCUUCUGGGUCAUGUGGCCAGCAUGACUAAGCUGCUUCUGCCGAACCAGAGCAGCGCACAAAAACAUCGUUUACCUUCCCGUCGGAGUGGUACCUAUUUAUCUACAGUGGUACCUCAGGUUAAGAACUUAAUUUGUUCUGGAGGUCCAUUCAACCUGAAACUGUUCUUAACCUGAGGUACCACUUCAGCUAAUAGGGCCUUCCGCUGCCACUGCGCCACCGCCAUGCAAUUUCUGUUCUCAUCCUGAAGCAAAGUUCUUAACCCGAGGUACUAUUUAUGGGUUAGCGGAGUCUGUAAACUGAAGCUUCUGUAACCUGAAGCGUCUGUAACCCAAGGUACCACUGUACUUGCACUUUGACGUGCUUUCGAACUGCUAAGUUGGCAGGAGCAGGGACUGAGCAACGACCCGCCGACCUGAUCAGCAAGCCCUAGGCUCUGUGGUUUAACCCACAGUGCUACCCGCGUCCCGUUUCAUAUAUAGACAGUCUCUAAUAAGAGGCCAUCCACACAGUUCCAGGAAACUCAAAACGAGCUAAUGAAGACCCUUACACCGUCAUGUUUAGUAUUCAUUUUAAUUUAUUAAAUCUGUAUACCACUCUUUAUCUGUAUAUCACGGGGCAGAUCACAACAUAAAAAUGCAAAAUGGGAACACAGAAUACAAAGCAAAACAAAACAAAAACACCUAAUAACCCUCCCUCCCUCCCUCCCACAAGUAUUUGGCAUAUAGAGUGAUUUCUUAAGAAUAGACCUUUUAAUUAGCUGUUGCAGCUGUUAACUGUUGAUGGAAUUUCCUUCUGUGAGCCUGCUUUUUUAAAGCAAUUUAAGAGAAUGGCUAUUACCCAGUGGCGUAGCGUGGAGGGUGCAGGGGGGGCCGGCCGCACUGGGCGCAACAUCUGGGGGGGGGGGCGCUCGCACUCGCAGCUCUCUGCCCCUACCUGGCUCCAUGGGUUAGGGGGCGCAAAUUACUUGCCUUGCCCCGGGUGCUGACAACCCACGCUACGCCACUGCUAUUACCACAAAGGAAGCUGCCAUAUACUGAGCCGACCAUUGGUCUAUCUUGCUCAGUGUUGCUUCUACAUUGACUGGUAGUGACUCUCUAGUGUUUCAGACAGAAGCCUCUCUGAGCCCUACCUGAAUUUUCCAGAUAUUAAACCUGAGACCUUCUUCAAACAAAGCAUGUUCUCUACCUGUGAGCAAAGGCACACCCGUUAUUUAACAUGACUUGUAGCAGUGAGAACUACGAAUUAGUAUUGAGUGCUUUGAAGUACUAUUUUUCUCUGCCUAUCCUAAAACUGCUGGCACACAAUUUCACUGAGUAACCCCAAGUCCAUCCCCUCAGAAUUGUCAGGAUAGUUGUAAGAAACACUGAGGUGAUAGUUUUCUUUCAUAUGUUGUCUAAUGCAUAACUGAAGUAUAUAUUUCUCCUGCACUAUAGUUUGUUUGUUUUUGUCCCAUGUUGCAUCAUCAGGAUAUAAGAUCCCUGUGAUUGAGAACUUGGGCGCUACCUUGGACCAGUUUGAUGCUAUCGAUUUCUCUGACAAUGAGAUUCGGAAGUUAGAUGGGUUUCCUCUGCUGAAAAGACUGAAAACAUUGCUGAUGAAUAACAACAGGUUAAGGUGAGUGUCUUUCCAACUGCAAUUUUAAGGUCUCCUUGGCUGCAGUUCUCGAUACUCUACUUCUUGUACCACUUAUUCAAGUCUAAGCUUAAAAGCAGUUGAAGUUUGGGGAAGAGGACUUACAACUUCCAAGAUAAUAAUUAUUCUGAUGGCUCCCCCCCCCAUUUUUUUUAAUUUUUUUUAGCCGAAUAGGUGAGGGACUUGAACAGUCUUUACCAAAUCUCAAGGAGCUCAUUCUUACCAACAAUAACAUCAUGGAAUUGGUAAGUGAAAUAAAGGAUGAAAGAAAUUGGAAUGAUUGAAUGACAUACACUCAAUCACUAGAAAGGCCCCAAAUUUUCUAAGAUAGGGUUUUCUUGCCUUUUUUUUGAUUACGUGAGGCAACUUUCUCAGUGAAGAUUUUACCCAUUCUGACUUCUUGAGAGCAGUUGCAAUGUAGCAGAUAAUACCAGUGAAAUGUUACUCAGCAUAUUGUUUCCAUGUUGUUGCUUAAAAUAAAGAAAUGGCCUAGGUUUGCACACAACAUUAAACCAUGGUUUUGUGCUACAUGCAUGAGCAAGAUGACCCUGAGCAGCACUGCUCUCCCAUUUCUUCCUUCCAUGCAGCUGGGAGUCCUUGGCAGCGGUUAAAUUUUGCUUUCCCCGAUCACAGCUUAUCAUUGCGAAUGACCUAGAGAUUGUGAUUUGUAACAAAUUCUGCUAAGUUUAAAUAAGCCAGCUUCAGAAACAACAGUUUGAAGCUUGUGGCCCUCCAGAUGUUAAUGGACUCCUGCUGCCUUCAGUCAGCAUGGCAGCCCUUUGAUAUCUACCAUCAAUCUUGGCUGGUUGCUUGGUCUGAAAAUAAAUGGCCAUAAAGGCUUGCCUGAGCUUAGAAAAAGCAAAGUUAAACAAAUAAGCUCUAUGAUCCAAAACUACCUGAAAAACCUGAACUUAAAAUUAUUUCUUAAUCAGACACUGUAUUUUGUUAAUACGCAGUUUUGCCAUUGAUAUUUGUACAGUGGUACCUCGGGUUAAGAAAUUAAUUCAUUCUGGAGGUCCGUUCUUAAUCUGAAACUGUUCUUAACCUGAGGUAACACUUUAGCUAAUGGGGCCUCCCGCUGCUGCUGCACCGCCAGAGCACGAUUUUUGUUCUUAUCCUGAAGCAAAGUUCUUAACCCGAGGUACUAUUUCUGGGUUAGCGGAGUCUCUAACCUGAAGCGUCUGUAACCUGAGGUACCACUGUAUAGGAAAAUGGUGCACAUGUUGUCUCCGUAUAAGAUCACAGAUUUUCUUUUGGUGCAUUUAUAUGUGGAGAGAAGCAAUGUCCAAUUGGAAAUAGCAUCUACAUACAAUAUGGUUGGGUGUAGUAAGCCAUACACACCCUUGGAGAAGAGCUCAGUAACCAAGUGAAAAAAAUCAGUUGAAAAUAAAUCCCCUAGAAUGUAAACUGACCCCAUAAAUAACUUUUGUUGCUUCUGUUCUGGGUGAAUUUUUGAAUGGAAAGACACUAAGGUUAAAUUGUCUUGCUUUUACAGUGUAAAGCCAUACAACUGAGACAAAUGUGUUUAACAUGUUUCACAUAGUGAGUUAAGCCUAACUGUUCUUAAGCUAUAAAGUUUGAAAUGCAUGCAAUGAUCCUCAUUUUAUAGUAUAAUUAACUCUUGGUUAAGGGGCCUCAGUGUGAGCUGGAAAACGUAUAUUAACAUAGCUUUAACUACAUUUCUGUUUCUCUUAUUCAGGGUGAUCUAGAUCCUUUGGCAACUGUCAAAUCACUAACAUAUCUGAGGUAUGAGAUAAUUCACCUUUGUGAUCAAAUAUUAUAAUAUGCCUUCCUUACCAAACGUCUGUCCUAUAAAUUAAGGUUGGCAACAAGAUCUGCCAAAUAUUUUUUUCCCUGAAGCCUUCAACACUUAAUAGAACUAAGAGGGCUUGCUUUGUUUUCCCAAAGCUCUCUAGGGAUUUCCAAGUGUGGAGUUGUGGUAAGAAUUCACCUCUACACCCCCACUGUUUGUUACCCAGGUGAGGGAUCACCUUUUAAAUGAACCACAGAACCAAGGAAACUGUUUCAAGUCCAGCAUCCAGAUUUAGGGACUCCGCGUUUUUAUUUAUUUUAUGUAUCUAUUGCAAUAGAGCUCAACCCAAAGUGCUAGUGGAGAGGGUUUGCUCCGAGGCACUUCAGAGCAAAAGCUUAUAUAGUAGUUCAAACGCAGCAAACGAAGACUCAUAAAACAUCUUCACAUACGUCAGGAAAGGUUACAGGUCAUGAAACAGAAAAAAUGUAUGGCCUUUUCCUGCUUUCCACUCCCCCUGCUGUCACCUUGUGGUUGACCAGCAGUGCCUAGACCUUUUGCCCAUUUUGGCUAUUGGAUGUCCCACAUUGCCCUGGCAGCCUAGUCUAUUAUCAUUCUUUGCUGACGUUUCUCCAUCUAUCUUUCAGGAAGCUUCCAAGGAUUUCUGAUUAAGACUCUGGUACUAACUCAUAUGAAAACAUCCUGCCAUUUGUGCUGCUUUCAAGGUCAGAUAAGGAGAGAUGGAAUGCAGCGUAGGCGGGAGAGUCUCACAAAUGAGAACACACAAAACUCAAGUCUAAUACAUUCUGUCCAACAGUUAAAUGCAAAGAAAGUGAAACGCUGAAACAUUAUUAAAAUAAUAAAAAUGUACACCUGGGGUCUUUAGAUGUGAAUUCUUACCACAGAGUGACGCUUCUUCACAAGAGUAGAGUAUAAUAAAAGUAUGAUGAGAUAAAUAAUUAUAUAUUGAAGGGAUCCAUGUUUAUUUUAUGUAAUUAACAUUUGCAUAGUUCAUUUUUUAACAUUUUGCUGAGGCUUUUUCAGAAUGAAAUGAAAAUGAAAAGAUUAUGCUUCAUAUAAAAUAUAAAAUAUUCAGAUAAUAUUUUGAUUCAUAGAUGGCACCGGAUAUCUUAGGUCUUUGAAAUAGGUGUCACGUCUUCCUGUCUCUGAUUGUAAUGUUUGCAUAAACUUUUAUGUUCAUGAGCAUCACAAACAGAUAUGCAUUAACACGUAGCAGAUUAGUAGGUCCUGCCUCCAAUAAAAUUAAAUUUGAGAGCAGUUCUGACAUCAGUAACCCACAAACGGUGACAGCAAUCAAAGCUCUUAUUCUUCAUCAAAUAGUGUAAUCAGGUUACUUUUGGUUAUUAAUCUCCCCUUAAUUAGUCAAGCAACUCGGCUUUUUACCUUGGUCCUCAAAGUGGCUGGUGGACCAAAGCAUGGUUAAGAGGUUGGCAGGACUAGGGUCUUGCCAUUUGGUCUGGCCUCUUAAAAAUAAUUAUUCCCAACAUUGGUAAGAACCUGGGAGAUGAAGGGGAAAAGACACUUGGCAAUAGGGAAUGUUGUGCCAAAACAUUCCUCUUCAGCAGUGCCUUUGUUUGAACUGUGUAAAUAUGUUUCUCCUUUUCCUCCCUUCAGUAUUUUAAGGAAUCCAGUGACAAAUAAGAAGCAUUAUAGGUUGUAUGUCAUCUUCAAGGUCCCACAAGUCAGAGUCCUGGAUUUCCAAAAAGUGAAAUUAAAAGUAAGUGUUUUGGCAAUUGUGAAGAAUUUGUCUUUUGAGAAGCCAUGCAUUUAAAUGUUUACUACUUGAGUUUUCUUUUCGUGCCUAUAGUAUAACAUAAUUUUCUCAUUAUAACGCAUUUUCAGACUGUGACAUUUGUUUAUGGCUAUGGCUCUGCAAAUGUAAUUCUGAAUGCCUUUCUCAUGACCAUACAGAUAUCAUGAAAACACAUUUAUGAAUCUGCAGUCAUAAGCCCGGAAGCUUUUUUAUUUGGAACUGUAUUUUAGAUUUGAAUCAUUAUUAACAUAAAUACAGGAUUGCCUUCUCCUCACCAAUCAGCAAAUGUUAGCCUAAAUGAAAGCUUGAAGCAGUUUUCAGACGAUAAACAUGCUGAAGCAUUUUAGUAUAUAUCUUAUUGUGUGUUCUAUUUACUUGAAAUAGUUUUUGUGAAGGUAAUUCCUAGAAAUGGGGGGGUGUCUGUUCCCUGCCCGCAGCUGUGGCUGGAGGAAAGAAAGCAGAGUCUUAUCAAAUAUGCUUUGAGAUUAAAUGUAGUUUCUUGUGUAACAAAUAAACUCUAGUUUGCCUGCUGGCUGUGACUUCAAUCAACUUCAUACUGUUUUUGAAGUGAAAUUAAUGGACAGGAACUAUUGUGUGGUGGGGAAAAUCUCAGUGGACUCCCUUGCCAUCUGAGCUAAAUGGAAAAUAGAUCUUUCUUGUGAAGGGUUAUAGGUUUCACUAGGGCCAACUUUUAAGGCUUCAUCUUGAUGCUACCUUGCUUUUUCAAGAAUUGCACAUCACCGUGCCAUUUCAUUUUGGGAGACAGGAGCUAUGCACCGUAUACAUGCUUCUAUUGAAUGUUGCAUUAACUCUGUGUGUGUGGUAUCGCUGUAGGAGCGUCAGGAGGCAGAGAAAAUGUUCAAGGGCAAGCGGGGUGCACAGCUUGCAAAGGAUAUUGCCAGGAGAGCAAAAACGUAAGAUACAGAUAACCACUUUAAACUGGCAGUCUCCUUCAGAAACACCACAGCCGGUUUGUAAAUACUCUUGGGCUGUAAGAAAAUUGAGUGGUCGGUGCGCUAGUUAGCACCAAAAUUGCCUAGCUGAUGAAUGGCAAUCAUUGCUGCUUUUUCUCGACAAGUACAUUAUGAACCCUGACAGUUUUAACAUCCAAGCUAGCAGCUUGAACAACACAUCCGAUUGAUAUUUUUUUCAUAAAAGGCUCUAAAAAGGGUGGGAUGUGGGAAGGUCACUCUGCUGGUGUUUCUGAAGGAGCUAUUACUUGAUUGUAUCAGUUUGUUAACAAAGAUAAGAUACUACACCUGAUUGAAAUUGGUGCUUCCGGGGACUUCUCUUUGGAAGCUUGAGAAGCAUGACAAUAACUCUUUGACUUUAACAAGGCGUCUUUUUUCCUUCUGAAGUUUCAACCCAGGUGCUGGCUUGCCAAGUGACAAAAAGAAGGUGGGCCCUUCCCCAGGAGAUGUGGAGGCUAUUAAGGUAAUGUUUUUCAGACUUGUACAGGGAGGAAUCUACCAAGAAAAACAUUCACUGUCAUUUACUUCCAGAAGAUAGAUCUAUCUAUGUGUGUAUUGAGUGUGCCACAUUGCUUUGUUUUUCAGGUACUGACAUAGUUUGCGUAGCUUUCCUUUGCAAAUAAAGAGUUCAGAUUUUGUAAACAUACUAUAACUGUCUUGCACCUUAUUGCAAAAAUUCAAGUUUCUAAGUGGCCAGAUCAACACAGUCUGAUAGCUAGGGGUAGAUAUCAGUAGGUUAAAAAUGUAUUUGUCUAAGGAGGAACAGCUAAAAUGUAAUAGGUAAUAAAAUGUCACCCUCUAGCUGGAAUUGAAUUGAACUCUUCUUGACAUGCUGAAUCGUUUUCAGAGCCAGUGUGGUGUGGUGGUUAAGAGUGGUAGAUUCGUAAUCUGGGGAACCUCCACAUGCAGCUGCUGGGUGACCUUGGGCUAGUCACACUUCUCUGAAGUCUCUCAGCCCCACUCACCUCACAGAGUGUAUGUUGUGGGGGAGGAAGGGAAAGGAGAAUGUUAGCCGCUUUGAGACUCCUUCAGGUAGUGAUAAAGCGGGAUAUCAAAUCCAAACUCUUCUUCUUCUUCCUUGGUGUUCAGACCAGUCUUGUUAGCACUGUUGUAAUAGGCACAGUUCAAUUGUUGUGAAACAGGCAUUGAAUUUAAUGUUAACAGUGUUGCAUAAGUGACCUUUGAUUUUUCCCUUUAAGAAUGCCAUUGCUAAUGCCACAACACUUGCUGAAGUAGAGAGGCUGAAGGGUCUGUUGCAGGCUGGUCAGAUACCUGGCAGAGAUCGCAAAGCAGGUAAGGAAUAUCGUUGGAACCCUUAUUCUUGCAGGACAUUUAGAACAGAGGUUGGACUGCCCCUUUUCUCUCUCUUUCUUCCUCUCCGCGCAGGGGAGUUGGCCCUUGUCAGAAGUCAAUAACAGCAACACUCACACCCCUGCCACCAGCCAAACAAUACCCCAGCCCAAGAAUCUGUUCAGCAGCCUUGGCUUUUGUAGCUGGAGUCAAUCACAACCCUGCCCUCCCAGGCCAGGUGGGAAAAGGCCUGCCAGGCAGGGAGCGGGUCUUCCAGGACUCACAGCCAAGAUGGUAUAAGGCAGCUUCUGAUUUUUAGACAGCUAGAAGUUUUAAGAAAGCUAGGAUUUUCCAUAGCCUAGAAAAGGCAGCUAUGCAAAAUUAAAUAUUUAUUUGCAGCAGUAGUUAGUAGAAUGGCUAUUAUUGCAGCAUGAGGAAGCAAACAAGUUAAGAACCAGCAAAUGCACUUAAUGCUAGUGAGCUAAAUUUGAAGCAUCAAAAGCCCAUCUUUGGAAUACUUCCAUAGAAUAAAGCAGACCUGUACAGUCACUCCUUAUCAUCAGCUUCACAUUUGUGGUGGAGAGAAUGAUUAAAAUAAUUGUGCUCUUUUCUUUAGGCCCUAUGGAUGAGGCUGAAGAAGAGAUGGAGGAAGAUUCAAUUGCCAAUGGAUCCUAAAAUGCAUUUUUCUGCAUCUGGGAAGUCUGCAGAAUACUCUGUACCAUUGUCUGUCAAAGCCUUUUGAUUGAUUGCUGAAGUGGAAUUAUUAUUUUUUUGUAGUUUUUGUUCAGAAUCACUCUUGUUAAUUUUUUAUACUGUACAUUUUGAAGUAAAAUUAAAACUUCUUUCCUAAACGCAGCAU